AUUCUGCUAAAAGUUAUGUUAGUGUUUGAAUUACGCGAACGGAACCCUUUUCAGUGAAGAAGCUGCAAAUAAAGCUGCAAAUAAAGCUGAUAUAUGGAGAAACUCGCCAGUUGUGGCAAGAAAGUUCGGAUUCAUGGCUUAAGCAAUAAGUUCGUGAAGAGCCACCACCAUAUUAACAAUAGAACGAAAUGAACCCGAAAGUAAGUCAACCCAGCAGCGAGUUCUGGAUAAGAAAAAAAAUCGCCCUCUCUCUCACUUCCCCCUUAAAAGAAACGUUCCAGUAAAUUCCGCUCUAACCGGUUGGAACUGCAAAAGUCAUCAGAGUCCCUCUGAAGCUUUUUAAAAAGUCUAAGUCGGCUUAAAUGGAGAUUUUGGUUCAAGGGUAAACCUCACAUUGAGCUUUUCGCUCAGCUGCUGUAAAAGCAGCGAUGAAGGCGCGUCUCUGUUAUAUUUUGCAUUGUGUUAGUGUUAUAGGUGGUCUUGUAGGGGGAUAAUUGUUUUAUUUCAAGAAUUUCUAUUCUCUUGUUUGAUUCAUAUUUAUAAAAAAUACAAAUAAAAAAAAAAUAAAAAAACCCAACCUGUUCCUCCACGAGUGUAGAUGAAAGAAAAGCAUCGUUUGCAUAAAAGUUACCUCUUGAAGAAAGGUCUGAUUUUGUUGUUUUUUAAAUGACUAUACCAAAUAAAGAAUAAAAACCCACAUCGUUUUGAAAUUGAUAUUCUUCGUUUUGUAUUCAAGCUACAAGAGCGCUACAGAGACUAUGAAGAAAUUGUUUCACGAAGAUCGCUACGAUAAACGGCUGAGGCCUUUUUACAGAGGUCCGCCAGUGAAUGUUACCAUAGACAUGUCCCUGGUACAUUUUGGAAAAGUGAGGGAAAUUGAUAUGGAUUUCUCAGUUGACAUUUUCUUUCGUCAAUAUUGGCGAGACCCGCGCUUAAACCACUCCCUCGAAGAGCCAAUUUUCUUGACCGGAUCUUACAGAGAUCUUAUUUGGCUCCCAGAUACCUUCUUUCUCAACAUCAAGACAGCCAAGUUUCACAAUGUUCCUGCUGACAACAGCAGAGUAAAAAUCAGGCCUGACGGUCAGGUCACGUGGAGUUCAAGGAUAACCAUGACAGCAAACUGCCAGUUGGAUCUGAGGGACUACCCUCUGGAUAGACAGUCCUGCAACUUAACACUUCUAAGCUAUGCUUAUCCGAUUGAACAAGUCGACUAUUCGUGGAAAGACAAAGAUAAGAGAGGUAUUGUCAUUCUUGAAGACCAAAUGAACGAGUUCACCUUGAGAGAGAUCAAGACCAGAAGAGCAAUAGUACUUUAUGGGACCCGCGGUUCCAGUAAGUAUGCUUAUCCGAUUGAACAAGUCGACUAUUCGUGGAAAGACAAAGAUAAGAGAGGUAUUGUCAUUCUUGAAGACCAAAUGAACGAGUUCACCUUGAGAGAGAUCAAGACCAGAAGAGCAAUAGUACUUUAUGGGACCCGCGGUUCCAAUUCAGAUUAUACGCACCUGUGGGCAGAGUUCACCUUUGAGCGCCGUCUCGGAUACGCCUUCAUUCAGAUUUAUGCACCGACAGUUCUAAUAGUUGUCCUCUCCUGGCUAAGUUUUUGGAUCGCACAGGACGCAGUUCCAGCUCGUGUAGCCUUAGGGGUUACAACAGUCCUAACCAUAGUAACUCUUAUGGGCUCAUUCCGGUCUUCAGUACCUAAGGUUUCAUAUAUCAAGGCUGUCGAUGUUUUCUUCAUAAUAUCUUUGUUUUUCGUGUUUGGCGCGGUUGUGGAAUAUGUCAUCUUGCGUCUUUAUAGCGAGAAAAAGCUGAAAGGGCACAAAAAAGACGACAGUAUGGUUAUGGAAAUGAGGCGUCUGAAACAGGUAACAUACCAAUUAGAAAUUUCCCCUGAAGCAUGACAGGCAGGGUGCAUUUGAAUUUUAAAUGCGAAAUACGACGAAGAAAUCUUCAUCAGGCCAUCUGCAUAUUAUCCUUCCUUUACAUUCAUCUUACUUCUUGCGGAAGUGGCUCGGUCGG